UCAAUGAACUGAGCGAAACAGACGGGCUGGGCAAGCCGACUACACCGAGCGUCCGUGGGAUAUAUGCUUCCGCAAGACAUAAUAUUUCCUGCCUGUGACGAUUCGCUCUUAAAGUGAGACUAUAUGACAGCACUGCUCGGUCUCUAUGGUUUAUAGAGGCACAAACACAACUUUACCCUCCCAAAUAGGCAAGAACAUAUGAGAUAGACGCAUUUAUUCAUCCGUCAGGGGAUAUUCGCUUAUUGAGGAUGAUUUUUGCAAAUUCUGGACACACAGUGAGGACAUCGUAUAAUCGUAAACAGCCCCCUGUUGGCCCCGCCUCCCACCCGAUGGCUCCGCCCAGUCCCGGGACCAACAGCAGCACCAAUCACAGCAGCAGCAGCAGCACGGCCGGCUGGGAACAGCUCAGUAAAACUAACCUCUACAUUCGUGGGUUACCGCCAAACACCACCGACCAUGACCUGGUCAAGCUCUGCCAGCCGUAUGGAAAAAUCGUAUCAACCAAGGCCAUCUUAGACAAAACCACAAACAAAUGCAAAGGGUAUGGCUUUGUGGACUUCGACAGCCCUGCUGCUGCUCAGAAAGCCGUCAGCGCUCUGAAGACCAGCGGAGUUCAGGCUCAGAUGGCAAAGCAACAAGAGCAGGACCCCACUAACCUGUACAUCUCUAACCUGCCGCUGACCAUGGAUGAGCAGGAGUUAGAGGCCAUGCUGAAGUCUUUCGGACAGGUCGUCUCCACACGCAUCCUACGGGACAGCAACGGGGCCAGCCGAGGGGUCGGAUUUGCCAGGAUGGAGUCAACAGAGAAAUGUGAAGCUGUCAUCUCUCACUUCAAUGGAAAAUUUCUGAAAACACCAGCUGGAGUUAUGGCGCCGUCAGAACCCUUGCUGUGCAAGUUUGCGGACGGAGGCCAGAAGAAGCGUCAGAGUCAAAAUAAAUAUGUGCAGAACGGACGAGGCUGGGCCAGAGACGGGGACAGCAGACUCGCUGGCAUGACCCUCACGUACGACCCCACCACCGCUGCUAUGCAAAAUGGAUUCUAUCCGACCGCCUACAGUAUUACAAACAGAAUGAUCACACAGACGCCCAUGUCUCCAUACAUCUCCCCUGUGUCCACAUACCAGGUCCAGAAUCCAUCCUGGGUCACCCAUCAGCCGUACAUCAUGCAGCAUCCGGGAGCAGUGAUAUCGCCCUCUAUAGAUCACUCCAUGUCUCUGCAGCCCACGUCCAUGAUGAGUCCUCUCACUCAGCAGAUGGGUCACCUCUCUCUGGGCAGCGCAGGAACAUAUAUGCCAGCCAGUCAAGCUCUCCAGGGGCAGUACAUCCCUCCAUACACUCACAUGCAGACCACCGCAGUCUCAGUCGAGGAGAACAGUCCACAACCUCAGGUGGAUUCGUCCAGUGAUCAUUCACCUUAUACCUAUCAGCAGGCCAAGUGAUGAAGAGGGUUGAGAGAGAAGGAGACGACUGCUAAAUCAAUAACAGCUUCCUUUGAAGGACCGGCUCUACCGACGAAUCGACAUUUUGCACAGGUUCUACGACGAGUUCCUUGGUUUUCUAAUAAAACUACUUCAACUAUUUUGGUAUAAGUUCCAUUAGGUGCAAAUCAAGGAUUCAUUUCAUCAGAGGAUGCUAACAAAGAGAAAUGGCAAGAAAAGAAAAAGAAAAGUUUUAUUUUAAUAAGGAAACUGAUUAUUUUUUACCAAGGAUUGUCACAUAGAUGCAGGAACUUCAAUGUGCAUGGAUAUUAUUCUUGUUUCUAUGAUUUGAGAUUUGUUUUUUUUUUCUCUCUCUCUCUCUUCUUUUGUAUGUUUGUUCUUAGAGAUUUGUCAGCCGGACAUCCUGAGAAAGAUGCGUUUGUGCUUGCGGUGUGAGUGUCGUUGAUGUGUUUUUCUGUCGUGUGCUGACCGAUCUGUCCGUCUUCUACGAUUUGCCUUAAACUCUUUCCCGUACGGUAGCCGAAGGGUGGCUCCUGCCUUGUAAAUCAGCUGAAUAGGGCUUUUUUAGCAUCUCGCAAAAAGGAAAAAUUUCGCUGCGCUUGGAUUUUGGAUUUCGGUGUUUUGCUUUUUCGGAUCUUACCGUUUCGAGUGACGACAUUGAUGGAGUUUUCAUAGGAUUUAAUGUUUUUAUAAUCAGAGGUCAUGAUCCUUUGGUUGUUUGAAUGUGGUAGAAAUUCUGCUGAACGAUCACAUUUUUGAUAAUUGCCUUUUACUUUCGUUUAUAAAUCUCGGUGUUGUAGAUUAGCUUUAGAUGAACUCGUGUGGGAGGGGGAGGAGCUUUGACUCGUAUUCUAAUUUUGGGGGCGGGAGGGAGGCGUGGCCUGUCAGUCAGACUGAAAAUCGUGAACGUGUGCUCGAUUAUAGCAGGCGAACGAAUCUCGAGUUUUUGCGCUUUCUCUCGAGACGGGCCACGCUGACACUUUUUAACAGGCUAGAUUGCAGUUCUGGAGAAUGUGCCUUCUUUGUACAUAUGCAUUCAGCUGUCUUCAGUCUUCGAGGCGCGGACACCGAUGGCGUGAAGGACGAUUUGGAUCCAGCGAGUGCCACAAACUAAACGAAAACAUCACUACAGAGCAGAGACAACUGAAACUGAAACGUGGAACGAGGACAAGUUGUGUUUUAAUCACCCUAGUGAGCUGCCUUCUAAGGGAGCAUCAUAAUUAUUUGUAAAUCAUACAGAUAGACUACAGGAGAGUUUUGCAUUGGCAUGUUGCAGUAAAGAUACAAAAUUAGAUUAGAAUCAAUUAUUUUUAGCCAU